GAGCGCGGCGGCGGGCCCGGACGGCGGCGCGCUGACGGCGGGCACGGCGGCGGCGGGCGCGGGCGGCGGGCGGGGGAAGAUGGCGGAGCUCGGUAAGAAGUACUGCGUGUACUGCCUGGCCGAGGUGAGCCCGCUGCGCUUCCGCUGCACCGAGUGCCAGGACAUCGAGCUGUGCCCCGAGUGCUUCUCGGCCGGCGCCGAGAUCGGCCACCACCGCCGCUACCACGGCUACCAGCUGGUGGACGGCGGGCGCUUCACGCUGUGGGGGCCCGAGGCCGAGGGCGGCUGGACCAGCCGCGAGGAGCAGCUGCUGCUGGACGCCAUCGAGCAGUUCGGCUUCGGAAACUGGGAGGAUAUGGCUGCUCACGUGGGCGCUUCCCGGACUCCCCAGGAAGUGAUGGAGCAUUAUGUAAGCAUGUACAUCCACGGAAACCUGGGGAAAGCCUGCAUCCCCGACACCAUCCCCAAUCGGGUGACAGACCACACCUGCCCCAGUGGAGGCCCCCUGUCUCCCAGCCUCACCACCCCCUUGCCUCCCCUAGACAUCUCGGUGGCCGAGCAGCAGCAGCUGGGCUACAUGCCGCUGCGGGACGACUACGAGAUCGAGUACGACCAGGACGCCGAGACGCUUAUCAGCGGGCUCUCGGUCAACUACGACGACGACGACGUGGAGAUCGAGCUGAAGCGCGCGCACGUGGACAUGUACGUGCGGAAGCUCAAGGAGCGGCAGCGGCGCAAGAACAUCGCGCGCGACUACAACCUGGUGCCCGCCUUCCUGGGCAAGGACAAGAAGGAGAAGGAGAAGGCGGCCAAGCGCAAGGUCACCAAGGAGGAGCGGGAGCUGCGGAUGAAGCUGCGGCCGCUCUACCAGUUCAUGUCCUGCAAGGAGUUCGACGACCUGUUUGAGAACAUGCACAAGGAGAAGAUGCUGCGCGCCAAGAUCCGGGAGCUGCAGCGGUACCGGCGCAACGGCAUCACCAAGAUGGAGGAGUCGGCCGAGUACGAGGCGGCGCGGCACAAGCGCGAGAAGCGCAAGGAGAACAAGAGCGCGGCCGGCGCCCGGCGCGGGAAGGAGGACGGCAAGGACGGCGAGCUCGCCGCCAUCGAGCACCUGCCGGGCUUCGAGCUGCUGUCGGACCGCGAGAAGGUGCUGUGCGGCUCCCUGGGCCUGAGCCCCGCGCGCUACGUGACCGUGAAGACCAUCAUCAUCAAGGACCACCUGCAGCGGCGGCAGGGCGUGCCCGCCAAGAGCCGCCUGCCCGGCUACCUGGACAAGGUGCUCAAGAAGCGGAUUUUGAACUUCCUCACGGAGAGCGGCUGGAUAGCCCGGGACGCGUCCUGAGGCCGAGGCGCCGCGGGCCGAGGGCCGGGCCCAGGGAGGGCCGAGGAGACGCUCUCCCCAUUGUUGCUCUUUUUUAAACAAAGUGAGUUCUUUUUUUAGGAUAUAAAGUCUUUUUACGGCCCUCAGAAGAAGCAAUAGAAACACUCUUAUAUCGGAUCGUGGGGGAGACAAAUAUAUGUAUAUUUUACCUUAGUCCUAAAAGUAAUACUUUAAGAGGACGAUCUGCCAUUAAGUGUUCAGUUUGGAGAAUAUUAUGAGAUUGGGUAAUUCCCUUCUGUUUGUGAGUUUCUUCCCUUUGGUUCCUGACUCUCGUGCUGUGGGUAGAGGGACGCCCUCCCCUGCCGGGCCGCCAGCUCCACCCUGGGACCCGAGCCCGGGCGGCUGCCCCGCGGCCGCCCGCGACCCCCGGGCGCACUUUAGACGGGGGCCGGGCCGGGCAGGGGGAGGCGGCGGGGAAGGACAGGGCGGGGCGCCGCAGGGACUUGAGAGGAGGAAUCGGGGCUUCAACAGCCUGGCCGAGCUGGGCUCCCCGGUAACCGCUGGCAGCGGCAGAGUGUGCGCCUGCACCUCCCGCGUCCGACCGCCCCGGCUUGUUUCUGGGGGCUCCCUGUGGGAGGAGUGGGGCCCUUGGCAGGCUCCCCGGGGUCUCGGGGGACGCGGGACCAGCACAGACCGCCAGAACGCUGGGGGUGCUUCUUGCUCUUAGAACUUGUGUGCAUUUUACUUGGAAGAACUCAUGUUAGAGAGGUCACGGCGGAGAGUUCUGGAUUCUGGCACUAGCUCCCUCCAGGGUUUUCACCCCAGUUGCGAGUAACUCUUUUACUAAGAUUGGCCACGUGUCUCACUCGGGGUGGCAUCCAGUGCUCGGCUAGGGGAGGGUGGGAGGGGCUCCCGGGGGCCUCGAGGCCAGGGCGCAGAGGCGCUUCUGCCCAGCCCUGUAGAGAUGUUUUCAGGGGCGCUGUUUCACGAACGUGCGUGGUACCUGCCUUCUGGAACUCGAGGAGUCCUUUGUCUUCCCGCUGCUCGUGCCUCUUGUAUCCACAGCCCUGCCUUAGAGUCAGUGGACUGGCCAGACCCCAGCACCCCAUUUCUCCCGGGGCCCAUCCUGCCUCUCCCUCAGAGCUACUAAGACUGUUUACCUCCCAGAAUGUUUGGGCUUGAAGUUACAUUACAGUCAAGUUAUUUGAAAGAAAGAAAGAAAAAAAAAAAAAACAAAAAAACACCUCAUUUCCAAGAACGACUUAAUUACGGUGCCUUUUCCUUUCUUUUUACAUCCUUACACCCUAGGAUAAGGUUUUCAGCAUUAAAUAAACACUUCAGAUAUACUGGGUAUGGCUUCAGUUGUAAACUGCAUUGCAUGCUAGCACAGAAAUGCUCCCUGUGACCUAGUAAUGAGCCCAGGACAUCCCUUUGACUGCAGGAAGUAGUAGGCGGUGGUUCCUCCCGAGGCCACCUCCACACUGUCCCUGCAGGUAACUGCAGCUGAGAGAGUGGGGCCUGUCUCCCACUGAGCAGAGAUGGAGACAGUGCUACAUUUUCACAGCUGUCCCAGCCGGUGGUUCCCACCUGGGGUUCCUGGACCAUCAGUGUCAGCAUCCCCUGGGAAUCUGCUAGAUAUUCAGGUACUCAGGCCCUGCCCAGGCCUCAGAAACUGUAGGGGUGGGGUCCAUGGAGCUGUGUGGGCUAAAGUUUGAGGACUGCUGGCUGUAGCUACGUUGAUGUCAUUGAUUUUUCUACAUCAAAUUCCUAGUUUGGUGAGGUUUUAAAUUGUCUUAUUUUUAUAUAAAGUGAUUGCCAGACUUUCAUUAAGCUUGAGAAGUAAAAGCUCCCUGCAAAUGUGCAAGGCCCUGGCUGAGAGCUGUCAGGUGAAAACCUCUGUGUUUAAGCAGGUUUUCCGUAUGCAUAUCUUUCUGAGGGUAUGAAGAAGUUAUUUAGGCUUGACUGUUUUUAAACACCAUGAUGAAUGUAUAAUUUAUGUUGAAGUGUUCACACUUUCUUACAAGGGAAAUGUAAUUUUAUGAUAGGUUGCCUCUUAUCCCAUCAACUCCAGCUGUUCCUGUCACCUUAGUCUCUACCCUGCUGUUAGCGCGGAGCCUUUACAUUUCUAUAUUUAAUUCUUAUGAUGAAUUAGUCACCAUAAUCCCAUGGAAUUAGGUCUUUUCAAAAUUUAAACUCUUUGAGUCACAAAAGAUAAUCAGCUAUUCAGAAUAAUGCUCUGGGUGGCCAACAUUCCGAGAAUGUAUUAAAACCCAAACUCUGCCUACCGUUCUGAUUUCCCUUUUACAUAUUAAACAGGUUGAGAACCAAAGAGUGUCACUGCUUGCU